UGGUGCGCGUGUCGAAGGUCACGGCGCGCUCACAAUGGAGUUCUCGGCGCACGUUCAGCGAGGCUUGCAGCUGCUGGCCGAGCCCGGCGCCUUCGACUCGCCGGCCUUCGCGCGGCUCGUCCGGGCGGCUUUCCAGAGCCUCCUGGACGCCCAGGCCGACGAGGCCGUGCUAGAUCACCCUGACUUGAAGCAUAUCGACCCAGUGGUUUUAAAACAUUGUCAUGCGGCUGCUGCAACUUUCAUACUGGAAGCAGGAAAGCAAAGAGCUGAUAAGUCAAUGCUAAGCACUUUCCUAGAAGAUUGCAAAUUUAAUACAGAGCGAAUAGAGCUGUUUUGCACGGAAUAUCAGAAUAAUAAGAAUUCUCUAGAAAUUCUACUGGGAAGUAUAGGUAGAACUCUCCCUCACAUAACCGAUGUUUCUUGGCGUUUGGAAUAUCAGAUAAAGACCAAUCAACUUUAUAAGAUACACAGACCUGCAUAUUUGGUGACCUUAAACGUAGAGAACACUGAUUCCCGAUCCAACCCAGAGAUUAGUUUUAGUUGCAGCAUGGAACAAUUACAGGACUUAGUGGGGAAACUUAAGGAUGCCUCCAAAAGCCUGGAGAGAGCUACUCAGCUGUAACCUGGGGACUAACGACCCACACGACCCACGGGUCUCGAGGAGCUGCGGAACUGCCGCCUCUGCGGGCUGGACAUCGUCCUUUCCAGUAGAAAAAAACAAAACAAAACCAAGACCCCAAACAAAAAUUCCCAUCUCUUUGCAGUCUGUGCCACUCAUCACUGUUGAAGCUUUAU